UAGGUUUAUCUCGCCGCCGCCGCCGCGUUUACACGUAUAUCGCGUAUAUAGUAAUACUAUCAUUCUGAUAGUGCGUGCACGCUCCGCAACAGUAUAACGGCAGUCGUCGGCGCCCGCGGCCCGUCACUCGCUCGCUACCGUCCGGCGCGCGAACACGCUUAGAACGCACGCGAGUGACCACCACCUCUCCGUCCCGGACCACCGGUCGCCACCCGCCGCACCGACCGAGGAGAUCACUCGUCGUAAAUUUUUUUUUUACGAAAAUAUAAUUUUUUUUUAAAUUUUUUUUUCCAUUUUUUUUUCACCCGGCCCCGCCACGCCGUCGCCGCCGCGCGUUUCAAACCCCUACGACUCCGACACACUCGUCGUCACCGCCGCCACCACUUUAUUCCGGCCGAAAACACCGCGAGAUUGUUCCGUCGCCGUCGCGUAUAUUAUUAUUAUGUCCAAUCAUUUUUAAUCGUUUGCCUUUAUAACUUUGUCCCGUUAUGGUGAUAACGAGUAACAACACUUGUUAAAUUUUAAUCAAUUCGAGUUAAUUGAAAAACACCAAUGUGCAUGGCUGAGUAAUGCGAUCAUCGAUCAAUCAUGGCACUCUUGUACAGGUUGGUUAAGUUGCCAGACCGUUUUCAGACCCAUGUGUUUACAUUCGUGGUGACGAAAUCAGUAACUCGUGAUCCAGACCGGGACGUUACGUCUAAGGAAUUUGCUUGUGGCCAUCAAAAAUGGUCAAUCACAUUCUCACGAACUGACAAGAUGUUAGGAGCGUACCUAGUGUGGAAGAGUGCUUCCGAAUCGGUGCGCGUUUAUGUAGAUUUUACGUUCACUAUACUCAACCGUGAACAUUUCAGCGUGAACGAAUCAUUUGCUGGUAAACAAGUGAAGUUUACGACGGACUGCCCGGCCCAGGGGAACCGAAAUUACAUACCGGUCAGCGACCUGUACGGCCGAAACUUCACGGACGCGAACGGCGAGUUCCAGCUGGAACUGUCCAUCGGUCACGUGCGCACGGUGUACGACACGGAGUUCGGCGUGCCCACUUCGCUCACGUCCCGGCUGUUGCACCACCACCAUCAGAUCCAGAACCACCACAACCCGGCGGCUGGAAAUGCGCUCCAGCACCAGUACGGCACGGCGUCGCCCAGGGGCACCAAGUGCAAGCUGGAGACGUCGUACUUCACUUUCGGCGGAUUCGACUGGAACCUGGCACUGUAUCCGCACGGCGUCAAAGACGUGUCGUGUACUUCAGUUGAAGGCCGUAUGUCUGUAUAUUUGAACCGAUGCACAGGAUUCGACCAUCAAUGCCGUGUCCGGUACAUGUUAGUUUUGGGCGAUGGAGAAAAACGUCUAGACUCGGGAAUAUUGGAUGAUGUAUCCGAUUCAGAUGGAAAAAGCUAUGGCUGGCAUCCCAGAUAUAAGUUCUCCGAACUUGUUACAAAGGUUUGUACAGUAACAUUUUUUAUUACUCAAUUAUUUCUUUCACAGUUAAAUUUGGUUCAAUUAAUGACUGGCUUUAGUAUAACUAUGUUUGAGCUAAUUAUUGUAGGGUUGUUGUAUAUUUAUAAUUGUAUUAACUGUUAUUACACUAAUCUAAAAUUAUUUACAUAA